AGACUGAAGACGCAGAGCGGGACGGCGAGCACGUGUCCAUCUCUGUGCUGCCUCCGGAGGUGCUGUUGAGGGUUUUUCGCUAUCUGGGUCCACUGGAUCUGUGUCGCUGUGGGCAGGUGUGCAGUAUCUGGGCGCAGUUGGCCAAGAUGGGCUCGGUGUGGAGACAUCUGUAUCCUGUACACUGGGCCAGAGGUGACUAUUACUGUGGUCCUCCAGGUGAGCUGGACCAGGAGCCAGAUGAGGAAUGGGUGAAGAGCCUUCAGGAUGAAGGACGAGCAUAUCAGGAGUGGGACGAGGACGCAGAUGUGGACGAAUCAGAGAAGGCGUCUGAGGAUUCUCCAGCCAUUAGUGCGGUCCAGAGAGAGAAGAGACUGCUCAACGGAAUGAUCCAGAACCUUCUACCUGCCGUUGGCCCGUCCGUGCGCUCUCUCAGCCUGGCAUACAGCUCGGCCGUCUCCAGUAAGAUGGUGCGACAGAUUCUCAAUUUCUGCCCGAAUCUGACUCACCUGGACCUCACGCAGACUGACGUCUCUGACUCCGCCUUUGACAGUUGGGCGGAGUUUGGGGUGUGUCGUUCGCUGGAGCACCUUGAUCUGUCUGGCUGUGACAAAAUCACCGACCGCACGCUGAAGAUACUGUCGCUGGGGUUGGGCGACUUAACGGCGUCUACAUACUCUAAGAACAGCACUGAACGCAGAGCCAGGCUGCUGAAAGCCCCGCCCUCUCCAAUCAAACUGCAAGACGAGCGUUCCCUUCCACCAAUGGGACGCAGCUGCCAGGAUCUAAUUUUUAAGCGAAGGCCUGGUGGGCGUGGCUCGGGAUGUGGCCCCGCCCACGUGUGGGUUCUUGAUCCCGCUAAACUCACCGACAUCGAAGAUGCAGCCGAUUGGAACAGGCGAGGGGGCGUGUCUGCCCAGGAAAGUGGGCGUGGCGGUUUUUUAGAGCUGGAGGAAGGUGGCGGAUGUUGCUGCUGUAGGAGAAGCUGGAGGCAGGGCUUAAGGACUGGUAUUAGCCCCGUCCACUGGCAGUUCAGCUCUAUGGGAGACGUGCGCUGUGGACACUCCACCUGCUGUACGUCGGAUAUGGCGCUCUGGACUGUGAGAGAGCCGCAAUGUGACCUCCAGGCCACAGGGGGCAGUGUUGAUUUUCGGACUAAAUGCUCAUUUGAGGGUGACUCCUGCCCUGAGCAUCACAACAGAACUGACCAAUCAGGAGCCUGGCGGGCACUCAGGUUCCUCAGCCUGUCUGGAUGCUAUCAGGUCACGGAUCUCGGCCUGAGGUGUCUGUCUCAGCGCGGAGGGCUCCCCCUACUGGAGCAUCUGAAUCUCUCGGGCUGUCUGCUCAUCACUGGGGCGGGGCUUAAUGAGCUGGUGUCUGCUUGUCCCGCCCUCAACAUCGAGCACUUUUACUACUGCGAUAACAUUAAUGGUCCUCAUGCUGACACGGCCAGUGGAUGUCAGAAUCUGCAGUGUGGCUUCAGGGUGUGCUGUCGAUCUGGAGAGUGAUGCUCUUUCCUCUCUAGUUAUCUCUCUUUACCCCCAUUCUCCCUCUCUCUCUUUUUCUUAUCUCGCUCUCAUUUCUCAUCCAUGUGCACUUUAAUCAAGAGGUCUGUUCAGGACGCUCUCUGACGCAACAAUGUUUCCCAAAAAUCACAAACGCUUCAAAUAAAGCAAGAGAAAUUCAGCUUUGUAAACGCACCUCCUUCAAUGCCAUUUCUGCAAGGUGUUAUUGUGAAGGAUAUACUGUAUGUAUAUGAUAUGUAUAUUUGUAAAUAACAGGAUCGCUGUUCACUCUCCUCUCAUUAUUUGGAAAUGUGAUGAGAGAUGCUCUUCAAUAAAAAAAAACUGGGGGUGAAACCCGUCAAGAACAUGUCCCGGUCACAUUUCACUACAGAAUCAAAAUAGAGAAAUAUCAAAUUAUAUUUGGAAUAAAAAAAAAAAAUGAAGCCCAUGUUGAAGGAAUAUCUAGGGAUUCAAUACAAGUUGAGCUCAAUCGACAGCAUUUGUGGCAUAAUGUUUAAAAAAAGCAAAAAUGGAGGUUCCAGUGAGACACUUACAAUGGAAGUCAAUGGGACCUAUCCGUAAACAUUAAAAUACUUUCAAAAGUAUAGCACAGUAUGCGUUAACAUGAUUUUAAUGUGGUAAAAUCACUUACCAACCUUUUCUGUGUAAAGUUAUAGCCAAUUUUACAACUGUUGCCAUGACGAUGCACCGCCGUAAACCCUGUAAUCCUGCUGAAAUGUGAUUUAAACAGCUUCACAGCUCAAAUAAUACACAAGUUUUAACAGAAGAAUUAAUGUAAGUGCUUUUACAAAAUUAUAAGCUUCACAUUUCUGUCUUUAAACACUACAAAAAUUGGCCCCAUUGACUUCUAUUGUAAGUUUCUCACUGGAACCUCCAUUUUUGCUUCUUUUUUUUUUUUCAUCUUUUUUUAAGUAGAAAUUUUUUUUUUUGUGGUAAUCAACAUUAUUUCACAAAUGCUGUCGAUUGAGCUAAACUUGUACUGAACCCGGAACAUUCCUUUAAGGACCGUUCAAGAGUUUUUGCAUUGUGACGUUACUUUGAUGACAGUUAAGCACUUUUCGGCCCAAAUUUUCAUUACUGUAAUACAAAAGGAUCUCAUUCUAAUUGCUUUAAUGUGAAAAGAGUAAUGAUGUAGUAUUUAGUGCUGACUUUCAAUUUACAGCACUGUGUAAAAGUUUUAGGCACUUGUGAAAAAUGUUGCAUAGUGAGGAUGUCUUCAAAAAUAAUGCCAUAAACAGCCCCAAUUCUCCUAGGUGCACCUGGACACAGUUUUUCUUGGUUGUUGGCAGAUAGGAUGUUCAAGCUUCUUGGAGAAUUCACCACAGUUCUUCUAUCUAUUUAAUCUGUCUCAGUUGCUUCUGUCUCUUUAUGUAAUCUCAGACUGACACUAUGUUCAGUGGGGGGCUCUGUGGGGGCCAUGACAUCUGUUGCAGGGCUCCCUGUUCUUCUAUUCUAAUCUUUUCUAUUUGCAAAAGUAAUGUUUGGGAGUCUAACAUUUCUAUUUCCUAUUGACACACUAAAGCUGAAGAUAUAAAUAACCAUCUUAAGACUUCUUAUGUGCCUAAGACUUUUGCACAGUACUGUAUGCAGAUUUAAAAAAAUAAAUGUUGUACAGCAGCCAUUUUUACUGUAACAGUACAAAAUUACUUUAUUACAGUAAUGAGAAUCAUUUGGAAAUAAAGAGCAUUAAAAAUAAUAAUAAAUUAAAGGUGCACUCCGUUUUUUCCUCAUUUAAAGAUUGAAAUGUAAUUUUGCAAUAUAUGUAUGAAAUCAUGAGCACUCACAUGAAAAUGAAUACCUCAGUCAUAUUAGUAACCUUAUAAAAGCUGUUUUAUUUUACAUGGAGAGGGUCCACACAUGUUAGAAUCACAUGACCAGCCAAAAACUGCUCGCUUAAUCUCAGUUACCGCACUAUUAUUUGACAAGUAAUCACGGCUGACUGUGAAUACUACAUUUCUACAAUGACAUCUGAAACUGAAAACUGUUGCUGCAUCCAAGCCGCUAGGCGUUAGUGUAAGUCCAAGAUGACAAAAGACAAAAGUUACUGAGUGCACCUUUAAAAAAAAAAAAAAAAACUCUGAAAAGUAAAAUAUUUGAACACAUUACAGUUAGGAGAAUUUGGGAAGAAAUGUGCUUAAUAGUCAUGAAAAAAAUGUCGCAAUGCAAAACAAACUCCGAAAUAGGCUUCCUUUUUCAAAGCAAAAUGUAAUAUUUUCUUUAGAUUUUGAUUUUGGGAUAAAAUAAGAUCCGGACAUUCACACUUUGAGUGUUUUAAGAUGUUAAAGGUCUCUUGUGUGCAGGUUUUUCUUCUUCUUUUAUUAACCUGCUUAACCUGUGUUUCACCCAGGCAUGUUUAGAGCUGGCAGUGGUUCACUUUCAAGCUCCAUUGUGACUGCAUUGUUGCUUUGGGUUUGAUGUUAAAUCACCCGCUUUGGUUCCCCUUGAGGACUAAUAAUCUAGAUAAGUUAAAGAGGCUCUUGAGUUUAUGAGCUUGUUGAGUUGUAGCCAAUGAUUUGUCAAAUAAUACAGUGUUUUAGAGAACUAAUAACCAGAAGCUGGCUUAGACUAGUUCAUCUACAGGUUUAACCUGACAUGGGAGUGACUGCAUGGUUGCCAGAUAAUUAGUGACAAUUUUCCUCGCUAGCUUGAUUGAACAAGAUGACAUCAGCGAUUAAAAGUGAUUACAAAUUAAGCUCAUUCAACAGCAUUUGUGCCGUAAUGUUGAUUAUCGUUCCUCCUUUAAAAAAGCAAAAAUCUGGGUUCCAGUGAGACACUUACAAUGGAAAUGAAUCCAUUAAAAUGCUGUUUCAAAGGUUUAGCCACGUGUUAUGUAAUUUUUCCUGCAGUUUAUCAGGGUAAUAAGCAAUUUAAUCACAUUAAAAUAAUGAUAGCAUGUAUGAUGUUUACAUCUUGUGUCUAUACUUUUUAAACAGUGAGUAUUUUAGCAUUUAUGGACUGGCCCCAUUCACUUCCAUUGUAAGUGUCUCACUGGAACCCAGCUGUUUUUGAAACCAAUUUUAUUUUGUGGUAAUCAACAUUUAUGCCACAAAUACUGUCGAUUGAGCUAAACUUGAACCCGGAAUAUUUCUAUAAGCAUCUGGUAACCAGGUCAGAGUAGGGCCAGUGUUUUGCCCCAAAUUCAAGUAAAGCUUUGAUUGGUUCAGAGGGUUGUUUGUGAACUGGGUAUAUUAAACUCUUGUAUUCUCCACACAUUCUUCUGAGUUUUUAGAUGCUGCAUGAUGUUUCUUUUGAGUUCAGUAGCUGCCCAUUAAAAAGCAUCUUGAGAUAACA